GCACUAUCAUACGAUCGCAUCGCCGACCACACCUCGCACGAACCCGACUAAUACGUGUACCUUUCUAAUCCUCAAAUCAUCUAUCACGCCUGAAAGCCUGACAGGCGAGAAAUCCGAUGAGUACGCCUCAAGUUGUUCUUGAUAAUCAACGUCGCAGAUUCGUGAACAAGCAAUACAUAUAUCCGGGUGCGCCCUUCAGGGAUCUCAACCCUCAGCACUACCUCCUAGGCGCUAGGACUCGUUACUAGUACUCGGCUGUUCUGCAUUUUGUGAUUACUGACUCGAGGCCAUGAGUUCUCCGCCAGCAUUGGACGGUCUUCUCGGGGCUGUCUUCAUUGGCAUCGUUCUAUCCACCAUAAUUUACGGCAUCACGUGUUUGCAAGUAUAUCUCUACUACACCAAACAUUGUCGCGACGACGGUCGUGGUAUGAAAGUAUAUGUCUCGCUCCUGUUGGGCUUCGAUACCUUGCAUGUUGCACUCUUGGCGAUCACCUAUUACUAUUAUACCGUAACCCACUUCGGUGACUUCGGAAGGCUUCAAGGAGAUACUUGGAGUUUAUCGGCACAAAACACUGUUGGCGGUAUCUUAAGCGCCAUGACACAGUUUUUCUUUGCAUAUCGCCUAUAUAACCUCAGCGGGAAGUUGUUGUGGUUGCCGAUAGCAAUAUGUGUCAUUUCGUUGGUACAGACUGGUUGCUCUGCCGCAUACACCGCCGUGGGAUACAUGAAUCAUUAUUUUGAUGCAUCGCAAAAGGCGUUGCCUUACGUGACUGCAGGCCUCAUUGCUGACAUCGUUUGCGACUCGCUCAUCGCUGCUAGUAUGAUGUUCUUCCUCCUGAAGAAACGCACCCAAUUCGCUAAGACCAACAGAGUGCUCAAUCUUCUUGUCACAUAUGCUUUGAAUACUUGUCUUCUUACAACAGUGUUCACCGUGAUUUGCUUCAUUUUUUGGUAUACCUCAACAGACACUCUGAUCUACGCUGUGUUCUACUGGGUCCUUAUUCGCCUGUAUUCCUGUUCACUGGUGUCAACGCUGAAUACAAGAGACACCAUCAAACAUGUUCUCGAAUCGGGCUCUCACGAACUAUUCGGCAUCCGAUCUACUACCACAGUGAUACCCAGUGAGGCCUCUUCAAGACGGGCAGUCACUAGCAAGGGUUGGGCGGACCCUCGCUCACUCACUGUUGACAUUGGCGCGGACGACAUAAACAUCAAGACGUCCACUAUGUUGAAUGAUGUAGAUGCAGAUGAACACGUAGCACUCCCAUGAUUUGUCUAUCGAAUGUAUUUCUUGCAGUUUGGGUGUAAAUAGAGGAACUCUACAAGCCGAC